AUGGAGGGGAAGAAAAGAAUAAAUUUUAGCGAGGAGGAGCGAAGCGUGCUUAUCGAUCUGGUAAGCAAGUACAAGGACCUCGUCGAAAACAAACGGACGGACUGGGUGUCCUUGGACAAGAAAAAGACGACGUGGAAGCAGAUCACGGACGAAUACAACUGCCGGCCCAAUGUUCGAUUUCGCACCGAACCGCAACUGCGCAAAUGUUGGGAUAAUUUAAAAGAAAAGUGGAGGAAAGGGAAGGCCGACAACAUGAAGGAAGUGUUUACGACAGGAGGUGGCAGCGCGCCAGCGAGCCAACUGACCGACGAGUUGAAGCGAGUUGGAGCUGCCGCAUCGCAUAUGUCGACGCGGGUGCACAACCCGUUCGACAGUGACCGUGGGCGCCACGUCUUUGCUGUUGGAUCGCAAGUCGACCCGAGUGUCGUCUCGCUGCUUCAACCGAUGCAGGUGGAGUCGCUGGAACCGCCCGAUGAUAACAUAUAUCAGUGGGAUUCGCCGGCAAGCCCUGUGGAUGACAGCAGCCAGGACACACAAAAUAGAGCAGUCACAGCUGAGAUGUCAGCAGGACCAGUCGACCCGCAGCCAGUUGCCCCGCAGCCAGUUGCCCCGCAGCUGCCUUCCCCAUUACCGGCUGCACCGUCAGAGGCUACCCCGCGAGGCUCGAUUUCUGUUGUACAACGCAGAAUGUUUGCAACGAAAAGGGCAGCCCUUGAAGAAGAGCUCAGUGCCCGCAUUCAAGGUGUGGAAGAGGACAGCAAGCGGAAGAAGCGGGAGCAUGUACUAAAGAUGAAACUAAUGCGUGCGGAACAUCCGCUUCACAUGAAGCAAUCGAAGCAGCUACACGAGAUGGAGUGUGCGACCAGGAAAGCGAAGCUCCAGCUUCUCCAGCUGAAAAUAGCUGCAGUGAAAAAAGGCAGUGAAUAA